AUGAAUAUUUUCCAGCCUCUUCGUUUUUUUCUUCCUUUUUCUUUCCAUAUUUCCUGUUUGACUUUCUCCUUUACUGUUAUUUUCUUCUUUUUUAUUUCUUUCUCUUCAUUGUUUUUCUUUUCUUUUCCUAUUUUUGUGUCCCUCCCUCCUUCUUAUAUUUCAUUCUUUCUUUUUUCCUUUUUCCUCCUUACCUUUCCUCCUCCAUCUUAUUUUUAUAAAUCUUUUUUCUUCUUUUUCUCUUUUUUAACUUUCCUCUUAACUUUUCUUUUUUUUUUUAUUCCUGUUUUUCUUCCCGCCAUUUUUUUUUCUUUCUUUUAUUUCCAUUUUUCUUUUUCGUUUUCUCUUUCUUUUUCUAUUUUCGUCUUCUUUUUUUUUCCUUCUUUUUUCAUUAUUUUGCUAUUAUUCCCUUCUUUUUCACUCUUUCCUUUUUUUCUUUUCUUUUUCCUGUUAUCCUUUUUCUUCUUCUUUUUCUUUUUUCUGUUUUUCUUUCUUAUUUCCAUUUUCGCAUUCAAUUUGCCUUUCUCCCUUUUUCUUCUAUAUUUCUCUCUCUUUUAUUUUUUCUUCUUUCGAGUCUCUCUUUCUUCAUAUAGUUUUUGUCGUCUUUUUCCUUUUUACGUCUAUUCUUCCUCCUGCCUCUUUUUUUUUAAAUUCUUUCUUCUUUUCUAUCUUUCUCUAUUUUUUCUUUUACUUGACCUCUAUAAUUUCCUUUCUUUUUUUAUCUCUUUUUCUUCAUCUUCGUCUUUUAUUAAUUUCUUGUUCGUUUCUAUUCUUUCUAACUUUUCUAUUUUUCUCUUUUCUUUUUCACCCAUUUUUUUUUACAUUUUUCUCUCCUCGAUUUAUUUUGUAUUUCUUUUCUUUCUGUUAUUUUUUUUCGUCAUACUUCCUUUUCUUCUUUUCUGUUUAAUUUCUAUGUCAGUCUUCAUUAUCUAUCUAUCUAUCUAUCUAUCUAUCUAUCUAUCUAUCUAUCGUUAA